AUGUCGGCGCCCGUCUCCAAGCGGCGACGCGUGCGCAAGGCCUGCACACCAUGCCACCAACGGAAGCGCAAGUGCGACAACAGGCUGCCCUGCGGCAUGUGCACCGCCUACGAGUACGACUGCUUCUACGGCGACAGCCUGCCAGCCGGAGAAGCCAACGGCCAGCAUCGUCAGCAGCAUUCGUCGGCUCGCCGCGCCAGCCCUCAGCCCACGGCGGCCAGGAGAGCAGCAGCAGCAGAUCCGCCCAAGAGCCCCCGGACGGCGCGCGACGGAAGGGAGACCGAUGAGACGACGACGCCGCGAAGCCGCCGCGGCCGCGGCAGCACCCCCGACGGCAUCUUUGACGAGUACAAGUCACGGUACGCCGGCGCCUCGGCCGCCAUGGCCUUUCCACACGUCCUCGGCGUCGCGCUGGGCUCCAGCAGCCCGCCGCCGCGGAUGCGCUCCUUUGCGUACAACUUUGGGAUCCGGCCCGAGGAGACCUCGCACACGCACGGCUCGCUGUCGCGGCUCAUUUCCGCCGAUGACCUAACGCGCUUCUCUUCCGUCUUUUUCUCCGCCAUGGCGCCCAUUGCCGACCUCAUGGACCAGAAUGUCUACAGUACGCGCUGUCGGGACUACUUCCACGACGCUGGUCCGAACAUCGUUGCGUUUGGCGCCGUGGCGGCUGGUGUCGCCGCCCUGGGCUCGUUUCUCUCCGCGAGCAGACACCCGCAGGAGACGGAGCUGGUGCGGUACGCCAAGGCUAUCCUCGACGACCCCGUCGCGAUGCGCGCGCUGACAGUCGACCACAUCGUCGCGUCGGGUCUGCGCGUCUUCUAUCUGCGCGCCACCACGCGCCCUAACAAUGCGUGGAUCGCCUCGUGCACCGUCCUGCACCUCUGCGAGGCCGUCGGCCUGCACCGCGAAGAAAUCAUCGUCAAGACGGCGGCGAUGCCCGGGGCGCGUGCCAUGGGCCACAGCGAGGACCAGCUGCGCCGCGUCUUCUGGAUCGCGUACGCGGGUCACAAAAUCAUGUCGUACGAGUACGACCGAUCUUCGGUUUCGUUCAACGCCGUGACAUGCGGAGAAAUCUCCCGGAAAGCCGGCUCUGUCGCGGAUCAGUUUGUGACGCUAGGACAAAUCCUUCCGGGGCCCAAUUCGCCCUUUCGGCUAGAGCGCGAGGCUCUCACACCGACGGAGGAGCUGUGCGAGCGUCUCCGGGCGCUGGAUAAGCUUCACUUUGAGCAUCCAUUCAUGGUGGUGACCAAGGCCGAUCUGACAUUUUGCUUCUAUCGGCGCAUGUAUCAGCUCAAAAUGGGCAUACCCGACAAAAUUAUUCACAUGGUGAUAAACAGCGGCAAUGCGGCCAUCGUCGCCGCCGAGCAGCUCGCCAGUCAAGGACGGAUGUUUUGGAACGUCAUCGGCAGCGUUUUCCAGUACACCUGUGUCCUCCUAGCAAUGGAUACGCCGGCCGCGAAUGCGCACAUCUCAAAGGCCUUUGAGAGCCUUGGAAAUCUCGUUCGCGCCGCCGAUACGGGGCUGACGCGCGAGGCGCUGUCCAUGGCGCGCCGCCUGCUUAGUCUCAGCACGGCAAAGAAGCGCCGAGAGCUGGAGAUGCUGGAAGCCGUUGAGGCAAGCUAUCAGGACUCGCCGCCGCAGCCAGAGCCCCCAGCGGGUUCGUCUGGGGAGAUGACCUGGGAUAUGGACUGGGACCAGUUUCUCGUCGAACCGUAUCUCACAAUGUUUGGUCUCGAUGCCACGCUCUAG